AUGGCGGACAGAAUCAAAGAGACCGCCAAGCAUGAGCUUGAGAACCUCAAAAUUGCAACCACCGAGGGUGUCAAAUCUGGAGCAUAUGUGUAUCCCUUCAGAGGAAUUCUCUUUUUUGCGACCCACAAGGCGCUAUGGAAGCCUUUCGCGAAACGACUCGCGUCGACGCUGACCCUCGGUGUCGGCGUCACUUCUUUCAUGUUUUUCUUCACCUAUCUGCCGCAACUGGCAAUCUGCUUCUUCACAUCCGGCCCAUUGGCCGCCGUGACGACCGCACUCCUGGUCCUCAGCGAAAGCAGCACCCUCACAAUGGUGCUCUCGAAAGCGCUCUUGAUCGAGGACAGCCUGAUUGACACCUUUGACGGCACCCUCGUCGCCCGCGGCCAGCAGACCUUGGUCGCUCGCGAGCGCCAAGUCGACUCCAACAAGGCCGGCGAUGCAAUCUCCCGCCUCGGCAAGUUGGCUGGCAAGCCCUUUGCCAAAUUCACGCCUCAGGCGAUUAUCCGGUACUUCAUGUACCUGCCGCUCAACCUGAUCCCGGUAGUCGGUACUUUCAUCUUCAUGGUCCUUCAGGGCAAGAAGUACGGCCCCCACGCGCAUGGACGAUACUUCCAGCUCAAGGGCAUGUCUCGCGCCCAACAGGAGAAAUGGAUCGAGCAGCGCCAGGGUGCAUACACUGGCUUCGGUGUGCCCGCCGUCCUCCUCGAGACGAUCCCGAUUGCCGGCAUCUUCUUCGCCUUCACCAACACCUGCGGUGCCGCCCUCUGGGCCGCGGAUCUCGAAGCUGGACAGAACACUUCUACGGAACUCAAGGACCAGGUCAACAAGGCUACCGCGGCGAAGUAA